CGUUAACGUGCAAUACAAUUCUACAAUGUUUGAUAAGAUGUAUUAACGUGUGUUUCAGAUAUGUUUAUCGAUAUCAGUUGGAUUCUCUCUAAUCUUCCUGUACGGAAGAUUUCACCGUGAAACUGUUUUAAUUUAUACCAUUAAGCUCAAGUAGAACAAUAGUGCUAAUUGUUUGAACGCUGCUUCCAACUAGCUUCUAAUUAUACAACAAAAAUUCCGACAUAUACUUUAGGCGUACGUACACAUGCAAUUCAAUGUUCACAACUUAAUUGCUGUGCGUGCGUGUCUUUGGCACAGUGUGAUACGCGCUAAACAUGGGCUGUGAGUUUACCUAAUGCUGAUUCCCUUCACUCUCAAUUUCGUGCGUGAGCUAAGCUCGGUUUCAUUCUCAUUGCUCUCACAGCUUGCAGGAAAAUGGUUCACCAAUUUUCCAGCUCUUAAGCACGAUUUUUCUCACCGAUUUUUCUUAGCUCACAUGAAAAAAAAGAGACUGGCAAAAGCGCUCUUUUUCGGGUCGUUUUCUCUCGCUCUCCUACGCUCUGCAUGUAAUGGCAAACGCGCGAGUGGGAGGUUGUGUACCCUUUUAUGAAAUUGUGGUGGCCACCCUCAUUGUGAGCGCAUUGUUCGGAGCGCACCAUUUUUCAGUGCGAGAGCACACACGCUGCAAGUUCGCCGCAAGUGGUCGCGCGCUAGUCGCUAGUCGUGGUGCUGUGCUGUCUGCUUGUGGAAUUUUGUUCUGAGGUGAUAUACCGUAGAGUGCUUGAUGAAUUUUCCUUCCCUAAGCAGUGCUGUGUUUAAUUAGCGGGCAGAUAAAUGAAGCAGUUCUGUCUUACCGUUGGGAAAACAGGUCGAUUGUGAACCCAGCAACACGGGGAUCAUAUGAAGUGAAGCACAGGUGUUUGCCCAACGGAUGGAGAUCGUUUUGUAGCAGCAAUCGAUACGAUUACCCGUCCCCGUAACGGGAAUGAGGGACGUGUGAAGAAAAUGAAAAAAAAACCGCUCGAUAUCCUAUAAUUUCUGUGACCCUGAAAUAUGAGCAACACACGAAUGUGUGCGCGAGUGACACACGGGGCUCGACGGUUGGAAAAAUGAUGGGAAAACCCCCCGCCCCUCCCCCAAAUGGUUGCUAAUAGAUGGAUGAUGAUGAUGUGUUGGCAGUAGUUGCCAACAUUUUCGACCAUAAUCGAUCAAAUCGAUCGCCCCUCGGGUUGGUUGAUAGUAGUGGUUAGCGGUGUGUAUGUGUGCGCGCAUUUCAUGUCAAGGUGUGUGGCCUCUUGAUAUGGCAUCGAUGGGAAAAGCGUGAAAAGCAAUAUUCAACCUGUGUUUGUUUGCUUCUAUUACAGCAGCGAAACGAAAGUGGACAACGCAUGAUUAGGACUAUAUUAAGCAACACACAUAUAUAGAUUUGUAUGCCUGGUGUGCCUUAGACACCCCGACACCGUUGCAGCCCAGAGUCGGUGUGGAAAGUGAAGAUUUUUCAUCUCUUGUUUUUUUCUUCCCGUCACUCGCCACUCGUCACCAUGAAUAAACGAUUUUGUUGAAUUUUAAUUUAGAAUCACUUUUUAGUGUGUGGUCUGCGAGUGUUUUUUUCUUCUUACUAUGAACAUUUGAAUGAUGCUUUCACUCCAACAAACGAAAGUCAGCAAGAAGUGAAUAAGCUAAAUUUGUUGUUUAGAUGAAAAAGAAAAAGGAAACACAUUUUUAAGAUAAGGACACACAAUAGUUCUACCCAGUUGAGCAAGAAGAAAAGUUUGUAUCGCGCGUGUGUGCGCGUGUUUGUUGCGUACGAAGAAAUGUAUCCGUGUACGGCCGUGUAUGUGGAAAUUUCAAACCGUGUGUUGGGAAUUUGUUAGGUUCCGCUUUUUUUUUUAUUUGCAACCCAAAAGUCAUCAUCAUAGGAAGAAAUUAUGUAAUAAGUUUUUGUGUGUGGUGUGUAGCAUUUUCCAACUCUCAGCUCAUACGAUUUCCCACUCACCGUGCACGGGUGGUUGUGAGCACUAGAUGAUCUCGUCUCACUCGGGUCGAUUUUGCUCACCGGUGAGAAGAUGGUGGCGAGAUUUUCACACUGUAGAGAAAAAUGUUAGUACUACUUUUGCAUUGAAGGGAACAGUGCGUUGCAUGGUGAAAAAGUGGGAAAAACUUGCUUGAUGCGCGAAACAGUGUGAGAGUGUGCGAUACCCACUUGCACUCGGAUAUAGUUCUAAUGAGAGCGGAAAGAAAGGUUUUUGUAGAUGUACACUAUCACAGUGUGAGUGAAGGAACAUUUUGUUAGAGAAAGAAAAAUCGCCAGAUGAGGCAGGAUUUACUUUUUUUUUUUUGGUUGGCGCUCUCCACAUAAAUGGUAAAUGGGAAAUUCUCGCGUACACUCCGAGACACGAGGCACUGGAGAAGAGAGCUAUACAUAUUGUACAUCCUUUUUGAACGCGAAAGGCUAAUGGACAACGGUCCAUCGGCAUGGAAAACUUAGACAACAAUUCUUGAGCGACAUUCACCAUCGGUGAGAGUGAGAAUUUCUCAUAUGAGAAACAUGGUUCCGGAGCAAGAAUUUUCCCGAGUAAAGUGACAGCUGAACCACCCCGUACGGUUGCCAGCAGCACUGGGACAUUCACUCACAGUUUUCCACACGACGUUGGUGCGGCCGGAUUCGUUGGUUCGAUGUGAAGCCAGCCGCAGAAACACCAUCGUGUUGAAUUUGUGCGAACCGACCACCUGGAGGACGUACGUGCCCGUGCACAGCUGGAGCACACAUCUCCAUUCGGCGCACUCGGUACUUGGUGCGCCCCCGCUAGGUUCAACCUAAAAAAGAAAAAAAUCGGGAUGAUGUGUGUGCACGUGUACCGUGUGUCUGUGUAGUAUGUGUGUUUGCGUGUGUAUGUGUUAGUUUGUGUUGUGUUCCACCCCGUGGAGCGCUCUUCCGUCGAUUGAUUUUCCGAUCGUAGGGUUUGCGGUGUUCGGAAGUGAAUUCCGCCUUCGACAAAACGUACGGUGGAGCCAAACAUAGAUAGUAUAUAUAUAAUAUUAUAUAAAAUAACCUACAGAAAUAAAAGCAAGAGGUGUGAAAAUUUCUCACCGACACAAGUGACCACUAGGCGGCGGCAGAUUGUGCCUGUGCGUUUGUGUGUGUGCCGGUUUUGUGCCGUGUGGAAGCAAAUUGUUCAGUACACUUUUGCUGGUGUGUGAUAUCCAGUGAAGUGGAAAUUUUUCGAAAAAAAAGCGCCAACCGCUGCGGGAAUUUAUUUCGUAAACGUCGAAAGGAAAAUCGAGAUCUGCCCGCACAAUCGUCGCUUCAAAUACUAUGAUUUCUAAUGAAUUCUAAUGUGAGAUAACACAACGCACGCUUAUUCCGUAGACGGGACAGUUGGAUCUUUGAACGAGAGUCGGUAAAGAUCCCCCGAUCCAACGGCUGAGCAGCUAAGUAAUCACAGCUGGAAAACAGAACGUGCCAUGUCGCAUCCAUUGCGCCCGUAAUUACACUCUGCCCUACAGCCGGAACAAUUGGCGGAUCGCAUCUUAGCGACGCUUUGGUGUUUCUCCUUUUCCUUCACCACGUGGGUGGGUUUGGUUGAAGAUGAUGCAGAUGCUGCACGAUACGAUGACGUUACUGACGACAAUGCUAGCAUGCCAUAGCUUCUGGUGACAGCAGCUUCUUCGCACGUCCAGACAUUCACACGGCGGGUCCUCCAUAGGCAGCUGGUGGUGUCCAUCAUCAGCGACCGCGAGUGUUCCAGUCGUGUGUUGCUUUCGGUAACCGGAACCUUACACGUGUGUGUGUGUGUGCGCGACGUACGUGACAAUAGUUGGCUCGAACAAGUAGCAAAAGUUGUGCGUGUGCGGUUUGUGUUUGAUUGAUUUCAUUUAAGUUUUUGGUCCAGUUUGGAGGUUCGAAUUGAGGUGCGAGUUCGAGCAGCAGACGAAAGACAGAAAGAAGCAAGUGCAUUAAGAGCAAGUACGUGAUACCAAAAAGGCCUAGCCUGACCGAUUGUUCAGGUGUUAUUAGGCGGAGUGGAUCGAUAAAAACACACAAAUUGCAGAUCAGUGGUGAAGUGUUUACUGUGCAGAGUAGAACGAACGAAACGGUAGAAACGAACGCAUCAAGAUGGCGACUAUCGAUGGACGACCGGCCCAGUACCAGAUCACGCAGAAGAAUCUGCGUGAAAUCAUGGAGCAUCGGGGCCGUGAAGCGGUAUCAAAGGUGAACGAGUACGGCGGUGUGACGGAGAUCUGUCGGAAGCUGUACACCUCACAAAACGAAGGGUUGAGCGGCUCGAAAGCCGACAUUGACCAUCGGCGGGAAACGUUCGGCUCGAAUGUGAUCCCGCCGAAACCACCCAAGUCCUUCCUGACGCUCGUCUGGGAGGCACUGCAGGACGUGACGCUGAUUAUUCUGGAAAUUGCUGCCAUCAUUUCGCUGCUAUUAUCAUUUUACCAACCAGCGGACGACGAUGAACCGAUCGUGCAGGAGGAGGAAGAACACUACGCAUGGAUCGAAGGUUUAGCCAUCCUGGUGUCGGUGUUUGUGGUGGUCGUCGUGACGGCAUUCAAUGACUACUCGAAGGAGAAACAGUUCCGUGGUUUACAGUCACGGAUCGAGGGCGAACACAAGUUUUCCGUCAUCCGUGGUGGCGAUGCGGUACAGGUGAACAUUGGCGAUAUUGUCGUUGGUGACAUCUGCCAGAUCAAGUACGGUGAUCUGCUGCCGGCGGACGGUAUUUUGAUUCAGAGUAACGAUUUGAAGAUCGAUGAAUCAUCACUGACCGGUGAGUCGGAUCAUGUGAAGAAGAACGAGACUACCGAUCCGAUCGUACUCUCCGGUACGCAUGUGAUGGAGGGUAGCGGCAAGAUGGUUGUAACGGCGGUCGGUGUUAACUCGCAGGCUGGUAUCAUCUUUACGCUGCUUGGUGCAGCCGUCGACGAGCAUGAGGCAGCAGCGAAGCAGAAGAAAAAGGAAGCGAAAAAGGCGAAGAAGGCAGCUGGCGCAAAGGAUGAAAUUACCAACAACA